CCCGCUCUACUUUCUAUUUUUUUUCCUACCCAAAUUUUAGGGUUUGUUUUUUCUGUUGUUGAUGGACAAGGAUUAUAUUCAUCGUAAUUAUGGGGUACAUGCGCCAUCUCCUGGGCACUUUGUGCGAUUGGAGAGAACACAAGGUGGUGAAGGGGGCGGAGACGAGUUAUUUCCAAGGAAAAAAGACAAGAUGCGUCGGUGGCUUUGUUGUACCUGUCAGGUAGAGGAGUCGUACCCACCAUAUGAGAGCGAGCGCUUAAGAAGCCCGGGAAACUACGGAGAUGGGUAUCCUAAAGGCUCAAAAGUAGCAGCUCCUGUCAAAGCUGAAUUACAGAAGGAAGCACCACCUAUUGAAGUGCCUGCAUUGUCUUUGGAAGAACUGAAAGAGAAGACUGACAAUUUUGGGUCGAAAGCAUUGAUUGGUGAAGGUUCCUAUGGAAGAGUUUAUUAUGCAAGCUUAGAAAAUGGAAAAGCUGUGGCUGUAAAAAAACUUGAUGUUGCAAGCGAGCCGGAGACAAAUUUUGAAUUUUUGACUCAGGUUUCCAUGGUCUCAAGGUUGAAGAAUGAAAAUGUUGUGGAGUUACUCGGGUACUGUGUAGAAGGAAAUCUCCGAGUGCUUGCAUAUGAGUUUGCAACAAUGGGAUCCCUACAUGACAUAUUGCAUGGUAGAAAGGGAGUUCAAGGUGCACAGCCAGGACCAGUGCUCGACUGGAUUCAGCGAGUGAAAAUUGCAGUUGAUGCAGCAAGGGGAUUGGAAUACUUGCAUGAGAAGCUACAACCAGCUAUAAUACACAGAGAUAUCAGAUCAAGCAAUGUGCUCCUCUUUGAAGACUUCAAAGCGAAGAUUGCAGACUUUAACCUUUCAAAUCAGGCUCCUGACAUGGCUGCCCGCCUUCAUUCAACUCGAGUUUUAGGAACCUUCGGUUAUCAUGCUCCUGAGUAUGCAAUGACUGGACAAUUGACACAGAAGAGUGAUGUUUACAGUUUUGGAGUAGUUCUCCUAGAGCUUCUUACCGGGAGGAAACCUGUUGAUCACACCAUGCCACGUGGGCAACAGAGUCUUGUUACUUGGGCUACUCCAAGACUGAGUGAAGACAAAGUUAAACAAUGUGUAGAUCCAAAGCUGAAGGGGGAAUAUCCCCCUAAAGGAGUUGCCAAGUUGGCAGCCGUGGCAGCAUUAUGCGUGCAGUAUGAAUCUGAGUUCCGGCCAAAUAUGAGCAUUGUUGUCAAGGCUCUCCAACCACUUUUAAAAUCAGUUGCUCCUGCUGCUCCGGAGACCUAAACCAAAGAAGUCAGUUUCUCGUGUUGGAAUUUCUGCAACUUGCACAGUUUGGUUUCCUUUGCAUGUGGAUUUCUGCGGACAAUUCUAUAUAUUUUUUUAAUUUUUAAUAUAUGAGAUCUGGUGUGUAGGUUUGGGUUGUCCUCUUUAGGGGCAUCGAUUUUCUGUCUAUUUCUUGCUGGUAUUUCAGGCUGCUGAUUUUUUUUUCCUGUCAUAAAUUGACCCUAAAGAGGCCUCGAGUCUUAUGUAGGGAUUGUUGUUUGCCUUCAAACGAUCCUUUUGUGAUCAUUAACAAAUGUUGUUCAUAAUUAUACAUGCUCUUUAUGUCAAUAUUGUUCUGCUGGAAUCCGGCCCUUUUCAUUUC